AUGACAGAUCACUCCUCUCACUCCCACUUCACCGCUUCCCCCCUCUUCGAUGUCUCCCACGUAACGGCUCUCGUGACGGGGGGAGGGACGGGCAUUGGCCUCAUGAUCUCCCAAGCACUAGUCGCCAAUGGGGCAAAAGUCUACAUCACCGGGAGAAGACGGGAAGUUCUGGAGAAGACGGUUCGGCUCUACAACACUGGCCCGGGCAGUCUGCACAGCAUCGUCGGCGAUGUGAGCAGUAAAGAGGGAGCGAUCAAGUUGGCCAGGGAGAUUGGAGAGAAGGAGGGUGGAGGGAUACAGCUGCUGGUGAACAAUGCCGGGAUUGCGAGGGAUGACAGUACGAAGUUCUGUGAGUGAGGGGCCCCCAAAGCUGGUCGACAUGCAAUCGAUGGCGAAGCUAACUGACUUGACUUGCCGGAAUAAUAGCCAACGUGGGCUCACCAGAAUCCACGGACCCGAAAGCCAUCUCGGAACACUUCUUGCAAUCUGAAGAGCAAGGCUGGACGAGCACGUUCCAGACCAACGUCAUGGGACAAUACUUCACGAGCAGUGAGUCCGUCCAACCAGCUCGACCUUUCCAAAAAAAAAAAAAAAAAAAAAAAAAAAUUAGAGAUCAUAUCACCCUGACGAUUUCAAACCUCCCAAAGUGGCACUUCUCCCCCUCUUGGCCAAGGGCAAUCAGAGGACCCCGGGCUACACUUCUUCCGUCGUCAACGUCAGUUCCAUUUCCGGAGCCAUGAAGAGUAGCUCCAUGGGCCAAUUCGCCUAUGCCAGCUCCAAGGCAGCCUUCACGCACCUGUCGCGCAUGCUGGGCACGACGUUUAAAGACGUCAAAGUGCGAGUCAACGUGAUCGCUCCGGCCGUGUUUCCCAGGUAAAGUAGUCCUGGUCCUCGGACGACUGAUCUCUUCUGAGAAAUUGAGCUGAUUUGGAGGUUUUUAGUGAGAUGACGACCGGCAGUAGUGGCGAAGAUAACAAGUCCCAAAUCGAUCCUUCUUCCCAGAAUCCCGCUGGGAGGAAAGGGACUGAAAGCGACAUGGCGGGUACGAUACUCUUCUUGGCUGGGAAAGGAGGCGUGUUUUAUAACGAGCAGAUCAGUGAGUCUCUCGUCUUGUCGGAAUGUUCCAGAUCCAGAUCCAGAUCCAAAUACUAAUGCUUAUCCCUCAGUGUAUCCCGACGGAGGCCAAACGCUUGCAGUCCCAUCUGUGAAAUAG